AUGAAAGAAAUCGCAUGGGAAGCCGAAGCGGAAGCCAAAGCAGAAGCCGAAGAUCAGACUAAAAGUCAACCAUCGAACUUUGCCAACAGCCAGGAGUUAUCAACUACUGAACAUCAAUCAUCACCUCUAUCACCAGGAACUAAUAUUGAGAACUCUAAUAGUUUCAAUAUCUACAUUUCUGAUAACAACAAUGAUGAUGGCAACGACGAUCCCGAUGAUGAUACCUAUGACUGCGAAGACAAUCAGGAUCGAAACCCGGAUUACAUUGAACUAGAUGAACCAGUCUGGGAGGAUACUCCUAAUUGA